CCAGAAAAAAAAGAAAGAAAGAAAAAUGUCUUAUAUGACAAAAGACCAACUAGAAACUUAUUUAAACGGUUUACCCAAGAACACAAGUAAAAAAGACCAACUCAAAAACCAACUUGUCUAUCCUCCAACAAUAGAAGACCAAGACUUGGGUUCUAUUAGAGACCGUAUGAGUCGGUUGCGUACAGCUACAGGCACUGUCUUGACAACCACACAAGCCAUGACACCUGCGUUUCCCGAAACACCUAAACCUGCUAUUCCUUCAAAACCCGUAUUUUCAGGUGACGCGUUUGAAGCUUCUUUAACUCCCAAAUCAAGAAGGUCUGUGAUACAACCACCUCGAGUAGCACUAAAGCCAUCUACAAUCCAUACCUCGUCUCCAACGCCUGUCACUAAACCCUCUCCGCCGGCUACUCCACCUAUGCCUGUGGCAACACCUCCUCCUGCUGUACCCAAUAGUCCUCGACCACCCAGGCCUUCUUCAGACAAGGUAUCGAUAUUGAAUCCCAUAUAUGCUGGUCUUGAUUGCCCUGGAUGUCAGCAACCUAUUAAGGGCUCAGUUGUCUCUGCCAUGGAUCGUAUCUGGCAUGCACACUGCUUUGUCUGUACUCAAUGUAACAAGACGCUUGAGAAUGAACAAUAUUUUGUGCAUGAUGAUCAACCUUUUUGUGCUCAAGAUUACAGAGUCUUGUUCAGUUUGCGUUGCGACCUAUGCCAUAAACCUAUCGAACAAAGUGCUAUUAGUGCGUUAGGCAAACAUUAUCAUGAAGGUCAUUUUUGUUGCACAGUCUGUGAUAUGCCUUUUGGGGAUUACAGUGCAUUUUUAGUACAUGAAGGAAGACCCUAUUGUCAGCAAGAUUAUAUGAAAGUAUGUGGUAAAAAGUGUAGUGGAUGUGGUGAAUAUAUUUCUGGAGAAUACAUCAAUGCAUUAGAACAACCAUGGCAUAAAUCAUGCUUUGUAUGCACAGAAUGUAGACAACCUUUUACAGGUGGAUCGUUUCUAGUCAGAGACAAUAAGCCAUAUUGUGAAAAACAUCCCAAUAGACCUUCUGUAUCCAGUGAAAGGAAGCCUUCUAUCCCAACAGAAAAAAGACCAUCCAUGUCAACAGAAAGAAAGCCUUCUAUCCCAACAGAGAGAAAGCCUUCUAUCUCAACAGAAAGAGAACCUUUAGCAGACAAAAGACCUCCUGUACUUAAACCAAAACCAAGCAUAAAAUCUGAUACCAAGUCCAACAAGACAUGUCAUCAUUGUGGUGAUAUGAUUGAUGGUCCCUGUGCUUCUGCAUUGGGUCAUGAUUACCAUGUACAUCAUUUCCAAUGCUCACAGUGUCAGCGUACUCUAUCUUCCCGUGUGCCAGGUAAGAAAUUAGAUAUGUAGAAUGAUGUUCACUUUGUUAUAGGUAUGUGGACAGCAGAUCCACAGAAUGAAUUAGUAUGUAAAUUAUGUGCA